AUGUGCGACUGUGACUGCGGGGACAUAGGCGUGUCUGUCCGGCGGCGGGAAAGCGCGUACGGCAUGACAUCCGUGGACGAUGCUGUGGAGAUGGUGCUGCAGCAGUCGGAUCCAUUAGACGCCGUGUGCGUUGAGGCCCGUGAAGCCGACGGCUUUGUGCUGGCCGAGCCGGUGCACAGCACUGAGUCUUUACCGCCGUUUCGGGCGAGUAUCAUGGACGGCUACGCAGUUGUUGCUGCAGACAAAGAGGGGACGUUUGCUGUUGUGGAACGCAUUGCCGCGGGGGAUACGCCCGUGAGGACAAUCGAACCUGGACAGGUGUCGUACGUCGCGACGGGGUGCCCCGUUCCCAAUGGGGCCGAUGCUGUGGUGAAGAUUGAAGACACGAGCAGUGUAGACGAUGACAAGGAGGAGGGAAUUGAAGCGACCGUGACCAUUUUGAAGGCUGGAAAGGUGGGCCAGAACAUCCGUCCUAUCGGGUCAGAUAUCAUCCCCGGUGAAGUGCUCGUGGACGACCAUGAACUCAUUUCUGCUGCUGAGAUUGGACUGCUCGCGACAGCAGGAAUAACGAAAGUUGUAGCACACCGGAAACCUGUAGUUGGCGUUCUCUCGACGGGUAGCGAGCUAGUUGAAUCGUUCCAGGGGGAAACGACACCCGGCAAGAUUCGAGAUAGCAAUCGUCCAAUGCUGCUCGCACUACUUAGUCGGUGGGGCGCCAAGACGCUGCAAUUGGGUGUGUGUAGUGACAGAAAGCAGGAGUUGAGAGAAACUAUCUUGAAGGCGCUGGAGAAGGUUGAUGUGCUAGUUGCGAGCGGCGGUGUGAGCAUGGGAGAACACGAUUACGUGAAACCUCUUCUGGAAGAGCUUGGCACCGUCCACUUUGGUCGACUGUUGAUGAAGCCUGGCAAGCCGACCACGUUUGCGACACUAGAUGUGGGUGGCAAAAAGAAGCUGGUCUUUGCUCUUCCCGGCAAUCCCGUGAGCUCUUUUACGACAUGCCAUCUGUUGGUUCGCCCAGCGCUGCAACGACUUCGUGGACUUUCACUUGCGAAGUGUCGCAACGCAACAGUCUCCGCCGUUUUGACGCACUCGAUCAAGCUGGACGCUGACCGUCCUGAGUUUCACCGUGCUUGCUUGGUAUGGGACAGCAAAGAGCACAAAUUUCUAGCUACGAGUACUGGCCGCCAGAUCAGUUCCCGCCUACUAAGCUGUCGCAAUGCGAAUGCUCUACUUUGUCUGCCGACAGGCAUCGAAGCGCCUGAAGGCCAGGCUGUUGCAGCCUUGAUGCUCGACAGUACCUUUGGCAACACCACGAAUAUCAUGGCCAUCACGCCCGCCCCAGUCCAGAACGCUGUUUCUUCGCCCCAAUUAUCUGCGCCAGAGAAGUGCAAUGUGCUGGACAAAGUCUUUCGAGCUGGACUUUUGACGAUCAGCGAUCGUGUGUCUGCUGGUACUGCAACAGACAUGAGCGGGCCGGCGAUGGCAGGUGUACUUCGUCAAGUUGGCAAGGUCCGAAUCGAGGUGGUGGCUGUCAAGACCGUGCCCGAUGAAAUAAACGAGAUUCAAGCUGUGGUGAAGGAGUGGUCAGACUCCGACACGGUCGAUCUGAUCCUCACUUCCGGUGGCACAGGCCUAAGUCCCCGUGACGUUACGCCAGAAGCAGUCAAGGCAGUGCUGGACAAAGAAAUUCCGGGGUUCCCGAUUGCGAUGCUCGAAAGCUCGCUCAAGAUAACAGCUAAAGCUGUGCUGUCUCGUCCUGUGGCAGGCAUUCGGAAACGAACGCUGAUUGUAACUCUGCCAGGGAAGCCGAAAGCUGUAGUCGAAAACUUUGCUGCGAUUGCGGAAGUGCUGCCUCAUGCGCUUCAUUUGGUCCGAGACUUGUCGCACGAACAUCACCGCGGGAAUCAAGGAUGA